UUAAAGAUGGCGGCGGAGCGGAGUCGCUCCCCGAUGGACUCGCCGGUCCCGGCCUCUAUGUUCGCCCCCGAGCCUAGCUCCCCAGGGGCGGCCAAGGCCGCAGCGGCAGCCGCCCGGCUCCACGGAGGCUUCGACUCGGACUGCAGCGAGGAUGGCGAGGCGCUCAACGGCGAGUCGGAGCUGGACCUCACCAGCAAGCUGGUUCUAGUGAGCCCUACAUCAGAGCAGUAUGACAGCCUACUUCGGCAGAUGUGGGAGAGGAUGGACGAGGGAUGCGGAGAGACCAUAUAUGUCAUUGGGCAGGGAUCAGAUGGGACUGAGUACGGGCUGAGCGAAGCUGACAUGGAGGCCUCCUACGCCACCGUGAAAAGCAUGGCCGAGCAGAUAGAGGCUGACGUCAUCCUCCUGCGGGAACGGCAAGAAGCUGGGGGCCGCGUGCGGGAUUACCUGGUCCGGAAACGAGUAGGAGACGACGACUUCCUGGAGGUCAGGGUAGCAGUAGUGGGCAACGUGGAUGCCGGCAAGAGCACGCUUCUGGGGGUCCUGACACACGGAGAGCUGGACAAUGGCCGAGGGUUUGCCCGCCAGAAACUCUUCCGCCACAAACAUGAGAUUGAAUCUGGUCGCACCAGCAGUGUAGGCAACGACAUUCUGGGCUUUGACAGCGAAGGCAAUGUGGUGAACAAGCCAGACAGCCACGGCGGCAGCCUGGAGUGGACAAAGAUUUGUGAAAAAUCUACUAAAGUGAUUACCUUCAUUGACUUGGCUGGCCACGAGAAAUACCUGAAGACCACUGUCUUCGGCAUGACAGGCCACUUGCCUGACUUCUGCAUGCUCAUGGUGGGCAGCAAUGCUGGCAUCGUGGGGAUGACCAAGGAGCACCUGGGCUUGGCACUGGCACUCAAUGUGCCUGUUUUUGUGGUGGUCACCAAGAUUGACAUGUGUCCUGCUAACAUCCUGCAAGAAACCCUGAAGCUGUUGCAGCGCCUGCUGAAGUCGCCGGGCUGCCGGAAGAUCCCUGUGCUGGUGCAGAGCAAGGACGAUGUGAUUGUAACGGCCUCCAACUUCAGCUCCGAGAGGAUGUGCCCGAUAUUCCAGAUCUCCAACGUUACAGGCGAGAACCUAGAUCUGCUGAAGAUGUUCCUCAACCUCCUCUCCCCCCGCACCAGCUACCGGGAGGAAGAACCUGCUGAGUUCCAGAUCGAUGACACUUACUCUGUACCGGGCGUGGGAACAGUGGUGUCGGGGACAACACUCAGGGGCCUGAUCAAGCUGAAUGACACGCUGCUGCUGGGCCCAGAUCCUCUGGGUAACUUCCUGUCCAUUGCUGUCAAAUCGAUCCAUCGCAAGCGCAUGCCUGUCAAGGAGGUGCGGGGGGGCCAGACAGCCUCCUUUGCACUGAAGAAGAUUAAGCGCUCGUCCAUCCGGAAGGGCAUGGUGAUGGUUUCCCCACGUUUGAAUCCCCAAGCGUCCUGGGAGUUUGAGGCUGAGAUCCUUGUCCUCCACCACCCCACCACGAUUAGCCCGCGCUACCAGGCCAUGGUGCACUGUGGGAGCAUCAGGCAGACAGCCACCAUCCUGAGCAUGGACAAGGACUGUCUGCGCACUGGGGACAAAGCCACCGUGCACUUCCGUUUUAUCAAGACCCCUGAGUACCUGCACAUAGACCAGCGGCUGGUGUUCCGGGAAGGCCGCACCAAAGCUGUGGGCACCAUCACCAAGCUUCUCCAGACCACCAACAACUCCCCGAUGAACUCCAAGCCUCAGCAGAUUAAAAUGCAGUCAACGAAAAAAGGCCCCCUGACCAAACGAGAAGACGGGGGCCCCUCUGGGGGGCCGGCAGCAGGCGUGCCCACCCCUGGAGAUGAAGCUUGCUCUCUGGGGGCCUCGCAGUCAGCUGCGUCCAGCGGUCUCCAGCCAACGCCCAAGCCCAGCAGUGGGGGUCGGCGACGAGGGGGCCAGCGUCACAAGGUGAAGAACCAGGGGGCCUGCGUGACUCCUGCCAGUGGCUGCUGAAUUCGCCCUGCCCGCCCUCGCCACCCGCGGAUUCUCCUGCUCCGGCCCAGCUCCAGCAGAUGGGCCAGAGCAGCCCCGCGCCCGCCCCCAGGCCCCGGCCGGGCCUCACCAUUCCCCACCCCGGUUUCCGGGGCUCUGUAAUUUAUAAGCUGAGGAAGGCGGCCAGACUUCUGCAGUACUGACCGCCUCCCACCCUCCUGCCCACCUUCUUCCUCACUCAGUUUUUGUACCCCUGGACCCUUAGUUUUUAUUCUUCUUAUUCUCUUUCUCAUGUGCGUGCGCGCGGUGCAGGAGCGUGGCCACUCAGGGCCCUGGCAGUCUGUCUUCUUUCUCCUUCCCUCUUCCACGGCUGGCUGCCUGCCGCUCAUGUGUCCGUCUGUCCGUGCGUCUCAGAACCAUUAGGGGCUGUCAGGACCCGGAGGGUGCCCUCCUCCCCUGUGCUCUGCUGUGCCGGGGCGCCUCUGUGGGGCUGGCCGCCGGGCUGGGGCAGCAGGUGUGAGGGCCGCCUCCGGGAGCCUCCUUCUGGGGCUUGGGCCCCUGGCAGGGUGGGCGAUGCUGGCUUCCUCUUCUGUCUCCCUCUUCUCCCUAAACCCCAAGACAGGUAAUGCCAAAAGCUCUUAAAUUUUAACCUGUAGAUGUACCAAGGGGAGAGGUGAUUGGAUUGUAGGGACCCCCCGCCCCUAGCUCCGACCCUAGCCACUGACCCAAAGACAGCUAACUGGUGGCUUUGCUUUCCUUUUGGGGACAAGCCUGGGUUUGCCUGGCUGGUCAGUGCAGCUCCAGCUCUGUGGUUCUGCUGGGCUGGUGGCUCUUGCCUCCCAGGAGCUGCCUCCUGCUUGGGCUGUGACUCAGUCUUACUGGGUCAAGGGGCACUGAUGACCUGGACCGGUGUUACCUGCUCACAGUCAUGCUACUUCUGGUGGGGUGCGGGGCGCUCCUCUGCGCCAGACUGAGACUGGAACCCCGCCUUCCCACCACACCCCUGCCACAUGGCCCAGCGCGGCUGCCAUGGGAGCUCAGCAGUGAAGGGCCUGGGCCCGAAGUUUGGGAGCCCCGGCUGGGAGGCGGUGAGGGCAGGUGGGGGACAGUGAAGAAGACUCCCCUAGGCCCAGCACAGAGCAGUAAGCCCCCGAGAAGGAUUGCCGUCAGGGGUGGGGAUGGGGGUGCCCGGCCAGAGGGGGCAGCGAGGGCCCUGCACCAGCCUGGUCUGAGCUGUGGACUGAAGCCAGCUUAGGGUGGGCUGGUGGGCGGAGAUGUGUUCUUUCUCUAGCCGAGGCAGACACCCAGCAGGCUGGGUCCUUCCUCAGCCUUGCCCCCUCCUGCCCCAAGACAGCUGGUCCCUUCACCUCCCUUCUCCCGACUCCUUCCACUUACCACUGCCCCGGGGCUGUGGAGGGACCAGACCAGCACCCAGAAUAAAAGUUUGUGCCCUGUGCAGCCCUCCAGGCAAUGGGAACACGGUUGCUCCGCCUGCCCUGCGGCCCUGCCUUCAGUGCAGGGCAGGGUCGGGGGAGCCCGGCUUCUCCCAUUAGGCAGGAGUGGCCUCAGUGCCCAAGCUCCUCCAGCAGCUGUGACACAGGACAAGUUGCCAUCCUCCUCUGAACCUCAGUUUCCUCCUCCACAGCAAGAAGUAAAUGUGUACACGGGCUCUAAUGAUUUAGCGAGAGGAUGUAUGCAAGGCUCUGGUGGGCCCAGCUCGGGGGAGGUGCCUGGUGAAUGGUCGCCACGCUGCCUACGACCCAUGCUGGUUUCCAGGUCCCUAGCAGAGGCCCCACGGUGGGGGACAGGCUUGAAAGGAGAAGUGUGGCAUUGACAUGUCUCUCCUGGGUGGCUGGGCUGUGCCACGUGCCUCCCGCCACGUCCUUUCAGGGAGGUGGUGGCAGUUCAUUUCUCUAGUUAAGGAAACUGAAGCUCAGAGGAGCAGUGCCACCAGCAGGCGGGGCUGUCCCGGCCCCGGCCCCGCCCCCAGCCAUUCCCUGCCAGCUGCUUCAGUGUGUCCUUUGGCCCCUGCCAGUUCCUUUGUCUCCUGGCUGUUUCCCUCUUGCUUUCAACUCUGGUUCUGCUUACAGGGGCUGCUCCCCGUGGACCCCUUCAUAGUUGGAGGGCUCCAGGGUUGAGCAACCCCUGCUUUGUCCCCAGGGCGGGUGCUGUGGGGUUUGUUUCCAGAGGGCUUGGCCGUGGUAGAGCCCCGGGACAGGUGGGACCUCGUUCCGUGUGAACCCUGCAGCCCCCGUGAGCGUAACCACUUUAUGUUUGGAGGCUGUGGCCUCCACCCUGGCCUCUCCCCUCAGACGCAGGAGGCUGGUCAGGAUCUCUGUGGUCCUCAGGCCACAGGCUAGCAGGGGGGUGACCGAUGGCAGUGUUUUACUGUCCUCAGUAGGGACUGCAGAAGCUCCCUGGGGGGUCUCAGCCCUACCAACUAUCCAUUUGGAACAAAACACCAGCCCUUUUGUAGUUGAUAAAGAAUAAAGUUGUUAAUCUGAUUAUCUCGAAUGGCAACUCCUGACCCUUCUGU